AGCAAAAUGGCUCUUCUGCUACAGCCUCGGCCUCGACAUUCUUGUUUUUCUGCCUGAAGUCUAUCUUAGAAUCUUGUGUGCGAAAUACAAAGUGGAAUGCAAGCUGCGCAACUCAGCAAUGUGGCAUGAAAGAUCUCUCCCAUCAAAAACCAAAACCAUAAGAACCAGCCUAUCCAAACUAGGAGACCUACUAGCAGUCGCAUCCCUCACUAAAACUUUGUCUCAGUCCGGCACUCGUAACCUCGACCCUAGUUCCAUUCCCCUCUCGGAGCCUCUUAUCCUCCAGAUCCUUGGCUCCAACUCCCUUCACCCCUCCAAGAAAAUCGACUUUUUCAAUUGGUGCAGGUUUUCACUCAGGCCCAAUUACAAGUACUCCACGGCCGCCUACUCCCAUAUCCUCCGCACCGCAUGCCGCACUAACCAGCUUCACGAGAUUCCCCACCUAUUGCUUUCCAUGAAGGAAGAUGGUGUCAUCGCAGAUCCUGAGACUUUUAAGAUCUUACUUGAUGCAUUUAUUCGCUCCGGUAAGAUUGACUCAGCACUCGAGAUUUUAGAUCAUAUGGAGGAAGUGCAGUUGGGGACGACUACGAGCUUGGAUCCCAACAUGUAUAACUUGGUUCUUGUGGCUCUGGUUAAGAAAAGCCAGGUGGGUUUGGCCAUGUCCAUCUUCUUUAAGCUUCUGGAAGGUUCAGCUUUGAUCCCCAGCUCUGUUGCCUGUAACGAACUGCUUGUUGCUCUAAGGAAAGCAAACAUGAGGGUGGAAUUCAAAAGAGUCUUUCACAAACUUAGGGAAAAGAAUGGGUUUGAGUUUGAUUCUUGGGGUUACAACAUAUGCAUUCAUGCAUUUGGUUGUUGGGGUGAUUUGGCUACCUCUUUAGAGCUAUUUAGAGAAAUGAAGGAAAAGAGUUUGUGUGGUUCUGGAUCAUUAGGUCCGGACUUGUGCACCUAUAAUAGCUUAAUUCACGUUCUAUGCUUGGUUGGGAAGGUGAAGGAUGCACUAAUUGUGUGGGAGGAGUUGAAAACAUCUGGUCAUGAGCUCGAUAAGUUUACCUACCAAAUAAUUAUUCAAGGGUGCUGUAAAUCCUAUCGGAUGGAGGAUGCAACCAACAUUUUUAGUGAGAUGCAGUAUAAUGGGUUUAGCCCAGAUACUAUUGUGUAUAGUUCACUCCUAGAUGGGAUGUUCAAGGCGAGGAAGGUCACGGAAGCCUGUCAAUUGUUUGAGAAAAUGGUUCAAGAUGGGGUACGGGCCUCGAGUUGCACAUAUAACAUUGUGAUUGAUGGUUUGUUUAGGAAUGGGAGGGCUGAGGCUGGUUACUCUCUGUUUUGUGACUUGAAGAAGAAGGGUCAGUUUGUGGAUGGUGUUACUUAUAGCAUUGUCGUGUUGCAACUUUGCAGGGAGGGUCUGCUUGAGGAUGCACUAAGGUUGGUGGAAGAAAUGGAAGACAGGGGCUUUGUUGUUGAUUUAGUCACUGUGACGUCACUCUUGAUUGGACUUCAUAAGCAUGGGCGGUGGGAUUGGACAGAGAGGCUUAUGAAGCACAUUAGGGAUGGCAAUCUGGUUGCUAAUGUUCUUAAAUGGCAGGCUGAUAUGGAGGCUUCGAUGAAAAAUCCACAGAGAAAGGAGGACUAUACACCAAUGUUCCCUUCCAAAGGCGACUUAGGUGAGAUUUUGAGCUUAAUAGGUUCUGCAGACAAUACAGUGGACAAUGAGUUUGUUUCAGAUGACUCUGGAAUCAAAGAUGAGAGGACUUCAUACACUGACAGUGAUCAGUGGUCGUCAUCUCCAUACAUGGAUCAAUUGGCAAACCAAAUGAAGUCCACCGAGUAUCUUUCUCUGUUUUUUUCAUUAUCUAGAGGGCAACGAGUUCAAUCCAAAGAAACAUCCUCGUUUGAUAUGGAUAUGGUCAAUACUUUCUUGUCUAUAUUUCUUGCCAAGGGAAAGCUGAGCUUAGCAUGCAAAUUGUUUGAGAUUUUUAGUGAUAUGGGUGUUGACCCUGUGAGUUAUUCGUACAAUUCUAUCAUGAGUUCAUUUGUUAAGAAGGGUUAUUUUAAUGAGGCAUGGGGUGUCCUUGGUGAAAUGGGUGAGAAUGUUUGCCCGGCAGACAUAGCAACAUACAAUGUGAUUAUUCAAGGCUUAGGGAAGAUGGGAAGAGCAGAUCUAGCCAGUUCUGUCCUUGAUAAGCUAAUUAAGCAGGGAGGAUAUCUUGAUGUGGUCAUGUACAACACACUGAUUAAUGCCCUUGGGAAGGCUGGUCGGAUUGAGGAAGUAAACAAGCUUUUUGAGCAGAUGAGGACUAGUGGAGUCAAUCCUGAUGUUGUCACUUUUAAUACUCUUAUUGAAGUUCAUAGCAAGGCAGGUCGACUGAAUGAUGCAUAUAAAUUCUUAAAAAUGAUGCUGGAUGCAGGAUGCUUGCCUAACCAUGUUACAGACACAACUUUAGAUUUUUUGGGAAAGGAAAUUGAGAAAUUGAGGUACCAAAAGGCAUCGAUCAUGGACAACAAGAGUGAUCCUUGAUGAAAAAAUUUGCGGAGUUUUGUUGGCCAUGGGGAUUCUAUAAAUGAAAUCAGGACCCAGCCACUGAAACCAUCACUUGUGGUGUCUGCAAGCAAAGAUGAAUCAGAUCUAUGGAAUAUUCAUACUGGAAUAUGCAUUUUGAUGUUUGCUGGAGCUGGUGGUCAUCACAAUGAAGUCUUGAGCGUAGACUUCCAUCCUUCGGACAUAUAUUGUAUUGCAAGCUGUGGAAUGGACAACACGGUAAAGAUCUGGUCAAUGAAAGGGUUCUGGACAUACGUAGAGAAAUCAUUCACAUGGACAGAUCUCCCUUCCAAGUUCCCCACAAAAUAUGUUCGGUUUCCUGCGUUCACAGCUUCAGUUCAUUCAAAUUAUGUUGAUUGUAAUAGGUGGCUUGGUGAUUUUAUCCUCUCAAAGGUGAAAUUCUCUGAUCCAACAUUUGUGUUUCUGCUGAUCUGUAAUCAAAAGCUUUUUUGUCUUGUGUGUUAAGAGGGGGAAGACCAUAGUAUGUGGGUUGGGGAUUGAAAUGUGUUUCCUUUCCUAAUCAACUGACUAAAAUCAUCUAGAUCGGUUACUUUAAAUAACUUCCUGGAAAACCAUUUGCUCAAGCUUUAUGGGUUGUGUAACAUGUUUCGUUUGUUUUGGCAUUGAUAUCUAGUAUUUAAAAAUUUGCUUGGAAUGUCUUCAAGAAAUAUUAAGUAUUGAUGGCUAUGAGAAUGACUUAGAAAGGCAUAUGCGCAUACUUGGGUGAAAAGAUUACUAUUGUCAUAUUUUUUUGCUUGCCGUCAGCUGGCUUGAACUUGAAAUUGCCUGGCAAGUGUAAGAAACUAAUUGGAAUUAUCAUAACUUGGAGUUUCUUCUAGAUGACUUCUUGGAGAUGUCAACGAAAUUGUUUUACGGGAACCCAAAACAAAGGACCAGUCUCCUAGGGAGGUUAUAAUUGCUCACGACUCAUGCACAUAAAAAGUUUUUUCUUUCCAAAACACCUCAUCUAUAU